AUGUCCAAACGCAUCAGCACCUUCUUCCAACCUCUUCCAUCGAAGAAACUCAAACCGGAUGCAACCACGACAGCAGAAUCAUCAUCAUCAAUAACAACAACAGUCCCACCAAAACCAUCCACAUACACCCAUCACCCAAGCUAUCCCAUCCCGAUCCGCGACCCGCCCAGCACCAUCGCCACGCCUCUCCUCUCUAAUCCAGCACCUCGACCCCCCAAAUCCAUAACCAACCACCCGCACCUGGAUCUCCUCUACUUCCAACCCUUCCUCCCCGCCCCACUGGCCCGAGACCUAUUCGAGUUCCUGCGGAAUGAACUCCCCUUCUACCGCGUCCGGUACAAUAUCCGGCGCGGCGGGACAGAAACAUCCAUCAACACGCCAAGAUACACGACUGUGUUCGGGGUAGAUGAUACAUCGACAUUCACUAUUGCAAACUCAGAUUCUCAACUACCACCAGCCAACUCACCAAUAUUGGUCGACAGUAAAACCCGCACCGAAACCAUAUCCAGAUACCGAUGCAGGCCUCGACCCAUCCCGCCGUGUCUGGACAUUCUGCGCCAAGCAGUGGAGAAGGCCACGGACGAUGGGACAAGAUAUAAUUUCGUCCUGGUGAAUUACUACGCCACAGGGGACGAUAGUAUCUCGUACCAUUCGGAUGAUGAGCGGUUUCUAGGCCAGAAUCCUACUAUUGCGUCCUUAUCGCUUGGCGCGGGGAGAGAUUUCCUGUUGAAGCAUAAACCAGGUGGUGGUGGUGGUGGUACUACUGAUGCUGAUCGCGCGAUUGCAAAUGCAGCUGCGAAACCGCUCAAGUUUCCCCUCAAGUCCGGCGAUAUGCUAAUUAUGAGGGGCGAGACUCAGGCAAAUUGGUUGCACAGUGUGCCUAAGCGCAAGGGGUUGCAGGGAAGUGCUGGUGCUUUGGGCCGGAUCAAUAUCACGUUUCGGAGGGCGGUGGUGCCUGGCGGCACGGAGAAUUAUUAUCGAUAUAAUGUGGGGGAUGGAGGGGUGUAUCGCUGGAAGGAUGAGGAGGGGAAGAUGGUGGCUACUACUGAAUAG